GCAAGGAGAACAAAGAACCGGGAGCAUCAGCCACUGGGCGAGUCUGUGCUGGGGGGGGGCGUCAUUACCCCCUCCCUGCCCGGCCGGGGGGGGGAUUUCUCCAGCUGGGACCAGCGCCCCCCCGGGCUCAGCCCGCAUCCGCUCCGGAGCCAGGGGCCGGUGACCUUCGAGGAGGUGGCUGUGUAUUUCACCAGGGAGGAGGGGGCUCUGCUGGACCCCCCGUCAAAGAGCCCUCUGCAGAGCCGUCAUGCAGGAGAACUACGAGACGGUGACCUCGCUGGCAGGUGAUGGGAUGGUGAGUGAGAAUGAGGAGCAGACCCCUCAGCAGGAAGACGCUGAGCCCGUGGAAGCGUACGGGGCGUUAUCGCAAAGAUCUGAAGGGAUUGUGUCCAUGAGUUGUGAGCAGGGGAAAGGUUGUGAGGCUCGGCACAGGCCAGAAAGGGAGCAGGGAACGGAGCCGAGGCAGAAAGCGGGUAAUUGUCAGGGAAGUCACAAGGAAACCACAGCCCAGCAGAGCAACCCCACAAGCGAGAGAGGCCGCACGCGCCCUGAGCGGGGAGAAAACGUCGGUAGCCCUUCAGCUGUUCUUCGACACGAGAGAAUCCGUGCCGGAGAGCCCCCCCACCAGUGCGGCGAGUGCGGGAAGACCUUCCGUCGGAACUCGCACCUUGUUCGCCACCAGAGCGUGCACACGGGAAACCGACCCUUCCGGUGCUCGGACUGUGGGAAAAGCUUCAGCGUGAGCUCCAACCUGAUCGCCCACGAGACCAUCCACACGGGCAAUCGCCCCUUUUCCUGCUCCGAGUGCGGGAAGAGCUUCAACCGACGCUCCAACCUGAUCACGCACUGGAGAAUUCACGUGGGAAAGAAGCCCUUCACGUGCUCAGCGUGCGGGAAAAGCUUCACGGACAGCUCGAACCUCAUCCGGCACCAGCGAACCCACACGGGGGAGCGACCCUACGAGUGCUGCGAGUGCGGGAAAGGCUUCACGGACAGUUCCGACCUCAUCCGGCACCAGCGAACCCACACGGGGGAGCGACCCUACGUGUGCUGCGAGUGCGGGAAAAGCUUCAGUCGGAGCUCCACCCUCAUUCGCCAUCAGAGGAUCCACACGGGAGAGACGCCCUAUAAGUGCCGCGAAUGCGGGAAAAGUUUCAGCGUGAGUUCCAACCUUGUCACGCAUUGGCGAAUUCACACGGGGCAUCGACCCUUCACCUGCUCCGACUGCGGGAAGAGUUUCACCGACAGCUCCAACCUCACUCAGCAUCAGAGAAUACACAGGGGGGAGAACCCCUAUAGCUGCCCCGAGUGCGGGAAAAGCUUUACUCAGAGCUCGGCUCUUCUUGCACAUCAGCGGAUCCACACGGGAGAGCGACCCUACGAGUGCUGCGAGUGUGGGAAAAGCUUCAGCGUGAGCUCAGCCCUCGUCGCGCAUCAGAGACUCCACACGGGGGAGAGACCCUAUAAAUGCUCAGAGUGCGGGAAAAGCUUCAGCGUGAGUUCAACCCUCAUCAUCCAUCAGCGAAUCCACACGGGGGAGAGGCCCUAUCGAUGCUCGGAGUGUGGGAAGAGCUUUAAUCAGAGUAUCUACCUCAUUACACAUCAGAGGAUCCACACAGGGGAGAGACCCUACGCAUGCUGCGAGUGCGGGAAAAGCUUCACACGGAGUUCAAACCUUAUCACUCAUCAGAGAAUCCACACAGGGGAGAGGCCCUACGAAUGUUGUGAGUGUGGGAAAACCUUCACGGAUAGCUCAGCCCUUCUUAAACACCAAAGAAUCCACACGGGAGAGAGACCCUACGUAUGCGGCGAGUGCGGGAAAAGCUUCACUCGCAGCUCAAACCUCAUUACACAUCAGAGGAUCCACACUGGCGAGAGACCCUAUGAAUGUUGCGAGUGUGGGACAAACUUCAUUGACAGCUCAGCCCUUCUUAAACACCAGAGGAUCCACACGGGAGAGAGACCCUAUGAAUGCGGCGAGUGCGGGAAAACCUUCACUCAGAGCUCAAAACUGGUCACACAUCGGCGAACCCACACAGGGGAGAGACCCUAUGAAUGCGGCGAGUGCGGGAAAACCUUUAUUCAGAGCUCAGACCUUAUUAGACAUGAGAGAACCCACACGGGGGAGAGACCCUAUGAAUGCGGCGAGUGCGGGAAAAGCUUCACGCAAAUCUCAAGCCUCAUUACGCACCAGAGGCUCCAUGUGGGGGAGAGACCCUAUGAAUGCGGUGAGUGCGGGAAAAGCUUCACCCAGAGCUCAUACCUUAUCAGACACCAAAGAACCCACAAAGGAGGGCCUUUGGGACCGCUGUGAGUGUGGAAACCGCUUUACUCAGAGAUCAUAAGAAAGUUUUUUAUCAUAAGAAAAUCCACACCGGAGAGAGAAUCCUCUCGGUGCUGUGAGUGUGGGGAAAGAUCCACUCAGACCUUACUCCGCAUCAGAAUCCACAAAGGGGUGAAUGUUGUAAGUGUGAGGAAAAACUUCACUGACGGCUCAGCCCUGAUUCCCCGUCAGAGAAUCCACCUGUCGGAGAGACCUCGGGAAAGUGAUGCGUGCGGGAACAGCUUCACUCAGAACUCAGACACCUCAUCGUAUCAUCAGCAAAACUGUAAAGGGGAACAACACCAUGAAACCCUUGUCUAGAACUGUCAACUUUUUUUUUUUUAAGUCUUUUGCUAAUUCCGACGUGGUGACCUCAUUCUAUGCUCUGGGAAAUGCUGCCCUCUAUGAUGCAAAUGGAAAUAGAAGGGAGGUUUUUUGGUCGAAUUUACCCUUUGUCGGUGAUGCAAAUGUGUAUAAAAUGAGAUCAGUGUUGAAAAUGAAACAGUAGCCCAGGGGUAGGCAACCUAUGGCACCCGAGCUGAUUUUCAGUGGCACUCACACUGCCUGGGUCCUGGCCACCGGU